AUGGCUACUACUUACACUAGAUGGAUACAUCAUGGAGAACCAUUGGAGGUUGUACCACAUGAAAUUGAUGACCAUGUUGAUGAACAUACUAGUCUCAAUGAGGAUUUUGGCAUGAAUGUGGAUGAAGAAGAUGACCCUGAUGAUGGAAUUCAUGGUAUGGUAGAGGAGUUGUACACAGCUAAAGAGGAAGAGGCAAUUCUGAGAGGUCCAGUACAAUAUGGAUGGAUGUACCCGGUAGAAAGAAGGUUGUUAGCAUUGAAAUGGUUUGUGAGGAACAUGGCAAGGCCUGAAGGGUCCAUUGCAGAAGCAUAUGUUGCCGCUAAGUGCUUGACUAUUUGCUCGAGGAUAUACAAGAAAGAGUUGGAGAAUGAAGGAUGUCCUAAUGUUCAAAAAACCCUUGAGAAGCAAUUUUCUUCAUGGUUUAAGAAGCACCCAGUUAGUGAAGAUGGUGUUCGUGUUGAUGCUAGUGUAGUUGAUGACCUCCGGAGACAAAGAGAAGCGGAAGGGCAACAAGAUGCGUCAGCCGACAGCGAAGAUGAAACUGGAUGGCAAUAUGUGAGUGAUAAUGAAGGUCCGACAAUCCCUCUAGAAGAUGACAAUGAUAGCGAAUACGACUAG